ACGAGGCAUUGCUACGUUUCCUACAUUUCGACUUGGUUGUGUGCAUUUUUGUGAUCAACGAGUAUGGGCUGUGGAGUGAUACGUCGAGGUGUGUAAAUUGCGUGAUGAACGCAAUCUGAAUAUCACGCGAGAUCGUAUAAUUGGCAAUUGGCGAGGAUACGAGGGCGUACUGGUCCUUGGUUAGGAAAAGAGGCGGCGUUUUUCGAACAUGGAUAUGAUCUUCCUACGCGGAUUGAGGUAUAGCGCGGAACUGAGUAACGCUUCGACAUCGGCCUCGUUGACCAAGUACCUUCCGCUGUCGGCGUGCUCCACGUGUCGUGUUAACGCAACACGCUGGAAGUCGGCAUUCCCUGAGAGAUAUCACCGUUACAAGGCCGCGUCAUGUAACUCCUUAGGUCUCGUAAACAAUGUACUCCUGCAUCAGAAGUCGUUGCGGCAGGACAUUAGUAAAAAUGAUAUCGCCCUGGCGUACUAUUCAGACCUUAAGCAAAGUCCCGGGGACGAUUGCCAGAAGCCUCAGACGGGACAGAAACUGUCAGUAUUUCAAAAGAUGAAGCAAAUGACGAAAGAUUAUUGGCACGUGCUGAUACCUGUGCACGUAAUUACUUCUAUAGGAUGGGUAGCUAUAUUCUAUACUGCUGUUAGGAACGGCGUGGAUAUAGUCCAGAUGUUGGAGUACAUGAAUUUUAGUGAGAAAUAUGUAGACCUAGUCCGUAAUUCGAGUGCUGGUAACUGGGCCAUUACUUAUGCGCUUUAUAAAAUAUUCACUCCGCUCAGAUACACUGUUACUGUUGGAGGAACGACAAUGGCCAUUAGGUAUUUGGGAAAAUUAGGCUACGUGAAACCGUUCAAGCUUCAGUCAGCAGAGGUGAGUAAUCCUGCGGACAAAGCUAUGACCAGUACAGUCAGACAGAUCUGCGGCAGGACACAAGACAAAAUUCAAAACAGAGUGUGAAACGGACAACCGACACACGAAGCCCCCAAAACCAUAAAUAUUUCCCCCGCACUAUGUCGGACCUGCGAGCGGGGCUCGGCGUAGCUCGGGGACUUGUCUCACUGAAUCUAUAUCGAAUUGUACAUUGAAUAUUAUUCGAUUAUGAUAAAUCGUUUCUUGCAUCAUU